ACAAGAACCACGUGCACAAAAUAUUAAACAGCAAGAAGAAGAACAGUCUUCUUUUAUUACCUUUCCUAUAGAUAACGUGAACGAACCGUAAUUAGAAGAUUAUUCCUUUCUUGCAUCACUGUUUACAUAAACAGACAGUUCUCUAAAACACGAACACAAGAAACCAGACUUGUUUUGUUUUUAUGGAUUUCCAGAAAAAGAGGGUUCAAUUGCUUGCCUUUAUAGUUGGAAUCAUAGCUCUUAGUAUCACAGCUGAAAAGUGUCGGCAACUGGUUGGGGACGAUAAUUCUUCCCAGAGUGGGAAGUUUACAAUCUUUGACUGCUUUGACAUGGGCUCCGGAACCCUAGCAUGUGCGGUGAAAGAGGGUGUGAAGUUGUAUGUCUACAAUAUCAGAUCUGCUCAUGUUGAGAGAGCGAGGAAUCUUGCAAUUGAGCGUUCAUUACUUGAUGCAGUGGGACAGGGAAUGUCUGCGCAAGAUGCGGCAAAAACAGCACAGAAAGAAGGGACAAAGGCUGCAAAACUGGCGAAGCAGCAAGCAAAACGCAUCGUAGGUCCUGUUAUCUCUUCUGGAUGGGACUUUUUUGAAGCUCUUUACUAUGGUGGUACCAUAACAGAAGGUUUCCUCAGGGGCAGUGGAACAUUGGUUGGUGCCUAUGCUGGAGGUUUUCUUGGUGAUGAAAGGCUUGGACGUGUUGGUUAUCUUGUUGGAAGUCAUUUGGGCAGUUGGGUUGGAGGUAGGAUAGGACUGAUGGUGUACGAUGUGGUAGAUGGAGUUCAUUACUUGCUUCAGUUUGUUCAAGGAGAAGAUAGUGAAGUGUAUGAAUCUCCUCCUGAUGAAAAUCUUGAAUCAUACGAACAUUCCGAAUUUAGGUGAAUACAUUGUGUCGAUUGUUGAUUUUUUGAUCCUUGUGGUCAAGAUGUAUCCAGCUAGAUGCAGUAUAAGCAACAUUUUAGUGAUUCAGUUGAGGUUGAGUAUAAAUAAACGGUAGCAUGGUCGAAUUCAUUUUCUUCAAUAAGUUACUCGCUGAGUAGAUUGUCUA